GGGGAAAGACCCAUUCAACAAAAUUUCUACUGGUAGAUGGAACUCUAGAGCAAUUCGAUAUCGAUACAUGCCCCUAAUAUACAAGUGCCUUUAUUGAUAAGGCUUUUUUAAAUCUUCUUUUUGUCUUUUUUCUUUUUCUUUUUUCCCUCUCUUUUGGCUGCGUUCCAACGAGCGACGAAAUCUGCCGUAUCCGCAGGUGAUGCAUACCUACGUUACCCGCAGACGAUCGGGGCAAACGGGGCCUCGUAGCUCCUCUAUUCUAGUUCAUUUUCGAGACCAUACGACUGCCUCCUCCUGAGCACUCGACAGCUUCCCUUCGCAACAAUGAUCAAGACCGACGUGGCUAAGGCGGGAGGAGGAGCCGAGUCCGCUGUCCUCGGCUUAACCAAGCUCAGCAGCCAGGUCUUCGUGCGGGAAGGCCAGCCCGGCGUACUGGACCCUGGCCACCCCAGCACCGUCGUCAUCUACGGCUGGGGAGAUGCCAAACCCCGGCACCUGGCCAAGUACGUCGACGGCUACGGGAGGCUCUUCCCCCACUCCAGGAUCGUCCUCAUCUUCUCGCCCAUCCUCAAGGCCCUCUACCAGACCUUGGAGGCGCGUUCUCGGACCAUGCUCCCCGUCAUCGAGGCGGUGUACCCGGAGGCGCUCGGGAAGCCGGCCGGGGAGAAGCCGGCGGGCGGGAGGGAGAGGGUCCUCCUGCACGUCAUGUCCAACACGGGGGGCAUAAACUGCGCGGCGACCAUGAACGCCUACUCCAAGCACACGGGCGGCGCCGUCUUCCCGCACGACAUGCUGGUCUGCGACUCGACCCCGGGCAGCACCCGCUUCCUCCCCAACGUGGGCCCCUGGUCGCGAGCCAUGGCCCUGGGUGCGGCCCGGUGGUUCCCCUGGCCAUUCGUCGUGACGCAGGCCCUGGCCGCCCUGUUCCUCGGCUGCCUGCACGGUUUCGGCUGGCUGAUCGGGGCCACCAGCGCGGCCGAGUUCAGCACCCGCGCUGUCAAUGACGCCCGCCUGUCCGACAGGGGCGCCAAGAGGCUGUACCUCUACUCCAAGGAGGACGACAUCAUCCGCUGGGAAGAUAUCGAGAAGCACGCGGCAGAGGCUCGUCAAAAGGGCUGGAGUGUGUCGGCCGAGGUGUUUGAGGGCACCCCCCAUGUCGGCCAUAUGCGUGGGCACCCCGAUCAGUACUGGGGUGCCAUUGCGGCCGCAUGGGCAGAGGCGGUCGCCGGGAAGGGAAGAUAAUGAAAUGAGAUGUAAUAAUAAAGCGUAAAGGGGAGAUGUUUUGGAACUAGGAAGCAAGCGUAGGACGAAUCUAAUUUUUUUUCCUUGGAGUCCAGGAGGGACCGUCGUGUUGGCGCAUCGCGGGGAUAAUUAAUUAUCCCCAGUUUAA